AUGGACUACUUUGAAGACUCAACUGCAAUCUUUUGUGAUAGUCAUCCCAAUUUUAAAGUGAAUUUCAUUAAGCUUUCUUAAGAAAAUUCAGCAGAACUGAGGUGCCAAGAAUGUAUGUUUGAAGAAGGCAAAUUGAAUGAUUACAUUUCUAUUGAAUCUAUUAAAAUGUGUAAUGAGGAUCAUAUAUUUACAAAUUGGCCACCUUUAAAUGAUUAUUUAUUACUCUAAGAUAUUAAGGCAAUUACAAAGCCUGAUAUUGAAUUGAUAGAGCAAUUAGAAUUUUAAUUUAAUAAAAUAAUUCGAGACCUAAAUACUUAUUUAGAAUAAGAAAAGAAAAAAAUGAUAUCAAAAAUAAUAAGUUUAAGAGAAAGAAAACAAGAGAUACUUACAUUUUAUAAUGAGAUUUCAGGAAGAGAUUAGUUUAAAUAAAUAAAACACAGCUAUUUUAAAGGAGCAACUACAAAAAUAUAAGAAUUAAAAUAUUUGUAGAUUAGAUGA